AUGAAUAUUCGCACGGCUGUUCUUCUUCUCGCAGGUACGGCUCUGGCUCUUCCCGCCGAGACCAUCUUUGCGCGGCAGGUCACCGACUGCAGCAAGGCCAAGACCACUGCCCCAGCCAUCAACGACGCCAAGCUGCCCGACCCCUUUACCUUCGUCGACGGUUCAAAAGUUACCACCAAGGACGACUGGGUAUGCCGCGCAACCGAGAUACAGAACGUUAUGGAACAGUAUGAGCUCGGAGACUUCCCUCCGCCUCCGGACAAAGUCGAGGCCACUCUGUCUGGCGGCAACCUGAACGUGAAGGUCACCGUUGGUAGUGCGAGCAUCAGCAUGAGUGCUGCCAUCAAGAAGCCCUCCAGCAGCGGUCCGUUCCCCGCCAUCAUCGGCAUCGGUGGCGCCAGUAUACCCAUCCCCGGUACCGUCGCGCAAAUCACCUUUGGCAACGACGCGUUCGCCGCGCAGAACGGCCAGGGCAGCAGAGGCCAGGGCCUCUUCUACAAUCUCUUUGGCCGGCAGCACAGCGCUGGCGCGCUGACGGCGUGGGCCUGGGGCGUGGGCAGGAUCAUCGACGGCCUUGAGCAGCUCGGCGCCGCGCAGACAGGCAUCGACACCAAGAGGCUCGGCGUAACGGGGUGCUCGAGAAACGGAAAGGGCGCAUUCGUUGUCGGUGCCCUGGAGAAGAGGAUUGCUCUGACGAUCCCGCAAGAGUCGGGCUCGGGCGGAGCCGCGUGCUGGCGCAUUUCGGACAGCGAGAAGAACAAGGGCAAGAACAUCCAGACGUCAGGGCAGAUUGUCGGGGAGAACGUCUGGUUCUCGCCCAACUUCAACACGUGGGCCACCAAGUCUUCCCAGGUACCCGAGGACCACCAUCUGUUGGCCGGGCUCGUGGCGCCGCGAGGCCUCUACGUGGCCGAGAACGACAUUGACUGGCUGGGCCCCGUGUCGACGACGGGGUGUAUGAAGGCCGGACGGCUCAUCUACCAGGCUCUGGGAGUGCCGGAGAACAUGGGAUUUUCCUUGGUCGGCGGGCAUAACCAUUGCCAAUUCCCGAGCGGGCAAAACGCCGAGUUGACGCAGUACAUCAACUAUUUCCUGCUCAACUCCGCAACGAAGCCGUCGCUUCUUGAGCGCAGCACUGUCAAUGUCAACGUGCGGGACUAUGCGUCCUGGACGGCGCCUACGCUUUCUUGA